CAUCUCGUUAUAAAACAAGAAAAUAUGAAUUGACACUUGGUCGUGAUCUCGUACAGAUUACCAUUGUUCACAAUCCAAAAGUAACAGUACAUGAACUACAAUUCUCCGUAUCAGCUUUGUGCCUAUUUACCACAAUGUCUGUACGUCGGAGAACUGAUCCAUUUAUGACACAACGAAUAUGGGAUGCCAUAAAGAUAACUGUUCAUCAAAGAAGUUUACCUAGUAACGAUCGUAUGGUACGACACCUUGCUCGAGUGUAUGGAAUUACAGAACAAGAAGCACAGGAAGAAUUAAAUAAAGCAGUCGAUGAUGGACUUGUUUAUUUAAAGAAAGUACCAACAAAAAGUGGUGUAGACCAAGAAAGUUAUAGACUACCAGCAGAUAUUGUACCUACCGACAAUCACGAUUGGUAUUGCUGCAAGUGUCAAAAAGGAGGAACAGUGGAAUGCUGUCAACAGUGUUACAGGGUUUAUCAUUCUGAAUGCCAUGUGCCUAGUAAUGUUAAAUUAAAAAUGUGUCAUUUUUGCGAAAGUAUAAAUAAUGACACAUAUCCAGAUACAAUUGAUCUCAACCAUAUUUUGAGUUUUACAUGUGGACAUUUGAAAGCAAAACUUCCACCGGAAAUUACAAAUCGUACAAUUGUUUUCAACAAUGAUCCAAUCACGCCGGUUAAUAGAUAUUCAGGCCCAACUUGGAUCAGUGAAGGUGAAGAUGCAUGGCGACCAGGUGUUCUCAUAAAACACCAUAUGGACUUGGCGAUAAUGGACUCAAAAAUAAAGAAAAAAGAAUACAAUAAUCUCACAGAAUUCCAAGCUGAUGCACAUAAUAUUUUGCACAAUAUUAUUGUGUAUCACGGAGCGCACAGCAUUAUCGGAGAAAUGGGUAACACAAUGUACCAAGAUUGCUGCUAUGAUCUUCAAGAAAUACGUCGUUGUGCCGACUGUUACAGAAUAUCAAACGAAAAAUCAGAAAAAAUGUGGUUUUGCUUACCCUGUAAUCCGCCGCACCAACUGGUUUACGCAAAGCAAAAGGGAUACCCAUACUGGCCGGCUAAAGUAAUGCAAGUGAAUGACAACGUUUAUGAUGUCCGGUUUUUCGGUGGUCAUCACAUGCGUGCCAACAUCGAGAAAGUGUUCAUUCGUCCGAUUACCGCAAGUCUACAAAGCUUACAGGUAAAGGUAAAUUAUCAAAAUUGCCCGGCGUUCCACGCGAAAUUGUCACGCGAACAUUGCAAGAGCGUCGAGGAUUUGGACAUCGACGACGAUAACGAAGGCCCAAAGCCAACGAAGAUCCGCAACAUAUCAUCAGGUUCGAAAGUUACGGCGAACAAUUCUAAUCCUGCGAAACAACUUUUUAAGGAUUUAAGAGUGAAAGUUGAACGUCUCAGCUCGGACGGUCAUAGCGAAUUGCCGCCAAGUCAAGAGGUAAAAGCAAAUGAAGACAAAUCUUCAGUAAGUAAAGCUGAAAGCGAAGAAAGACAAGUGCCCUGUUUACCAGUGGCAGAAGAUGAGCCUGCUAGAGGAAUAUCCAGUACCUGUCCUCAGGGUUUGAAGAAAGAAGGUUCACAAGAAGAUAUGGUUACAUCUAGUUGCCAGGAACCAAGAUCCAAAUGUGUUCUUGUACAAACAGAACAGAUACAAACAGAAACAGUACCUGCAAAGAUAAAAAGAGAACGCAGAACUUCCGAACAACCCACCACGACAGCACUCGAAAAAUUACGUCGCGAAUUAGAACUUGAAAAGUGUAAAGAGUUAGAAAAACUACAAGCUGAACAUGCUAAAGAAUUGCGGCAAUUAACAGACAGGCAUCAACAGAUUAUAUCGGAGAUAAAGAAAAAACAAUGGUGUUACAAUUGUGAAGCUGAAGCAAUAUACCAUUGCUGUUGGAAUACUGCGUAUUGCAGUACUGAUUGCCAACAAGUUCAUUGGCAGCGCGAACAUAAAAGAGUUUGUCGACGUAAGCGUUAAUUAACCAUGGAUGCAAUAAAUAUUCUAAUUGAGUAAAGAACCUGUGAAAAGAGUUACAACUAUUGUGUUUGUAAAAAGAAGAUACUUUGUAGAAGCACAUUAAUAUAUUCUUGACACC